AUGAUAUUUGUAAGGAAUUUACUGUUCAACAAGAUGGAAAGUGGAGGCCUUUUGCCUAUUGAUUUAGUGGUGGAUGCCUUCUUCGCCAUUGACAUUCUUCUCACUUUCUUUGUCGCUUACUUGGACAAAUCCACUAAUUUACUCACUGAUGAUCACUACAAAAUUGCUUUCAGGUAUGUGAUUCAUCUAGGAUUUCCAAUCGAUGUUGCAUCGACCAUACCAUUCCAAACAAUAUACCAAUUCUUUGAUGGGAAAAAGCAACAAGGCAACAUUUUUGGCUUCCUCAACUUCCUCAGACUUUGGCGUCUGCGUCGUGUUAGUAAAUUUUUCUCAAGGCUAGAGAAGGACACUCGAUUCAACUACUUCUGGAUAAGAUUAUGUAAACUAGUUUGUGUGACCUUAUUCGCAGUGCAUUCCGCUGGAUGUUUCUAUUACUGCCUAGCAACACAUUAUCAUACCGCAGAAAAUACCUGGAUUGGGUCAAAUGUUACUAAUUUCAAAGAAAGAAGCAUCUCUCUGGGAUACACAUAUUCCAUGUAUUGGUCUGUUGUUACCCUCACCACAGUUGGUUAUGGCGAUCUCCACGCACAUAAUACAGGGGAGAAGGUUUUCGCCAUCUUCUACAUGCUUUUCAACAUUGGCCUGACUGCUUACAUAAUUGGCAACAUGACCAAUCUUAUUGUCCAGAGUGUUGCUAAAACAUUUGCAAUGAGGGAUGCCAUCAACGAGAUACUACGAUAUGCAAGCAAGAAUAGACUUCCUGAAGGCAUAAAAGAGAAAAUGCUGGCACAUGUAACACUCAGAUUCAAGACUGCAGAACUACAGCAAGAGGAAGUACUAGAAGACUUACCCCUUGCAAUAAGAUCUAGCAUUGCACAGCAUCUCUUCCAUACUACCCUUGAAAAUACCUAUCUUUUCAAAGGGUGUCCGAAGACUUUUGUUCAGUUGGUUUCGGAGAUAAAAGCAGAAUAUUUUCCUCCGAAAGUUGACAUUGUUAUUCAAAAUGAGAUACCAACAGAUUUCUACAUUAUUGUCUCCGGGGCUUUGGAAGUGGUUACAUACAAGAAUGGAAUCAAACAGUUCCUGUCAAAGUUGGAAUCCCCAGAAUUGUUCGGGGAAAUAGGUGUGAUCAUUAAUACGCCUCAGCCUUUCACUGUCAGAAGUCAGAGGCUCUCUCAGGUUGUUCGAAUCAGCUAUCACCACUUCAAACAACUCGUGCUGCCCCUAAAAGCAGAUGGAAAGAUAAUCCUCUUUAAUUUUCUUCAGCAUCUGAAAGUAAAGGAAGAGCUACAAGAGAUACUGCUCAUAUCUGAGCUGCUGAAUGACCUGCAUAGUGAGGCUGGUACAGUGAGUAACGGACAAAAUCAUGAAGGAAAAAGCCAAGAAGGAAGCAAAAUUCAUUGUGUGUCGGGCACAUUUCCCACUAGGAUUAUAAUACAUGGACAUCAUCCACAUGACAAACCAAAUGAAGGAAGAAUUGCAGGAAAACUAAUACAUCUACCUGAGUCAGCUGAAAGUCUUCUAAGGAUAGCAGAAAAAAGGUUUGGCAAAAGAGGAAGCAUAAUUCUCAUGGCAGAUGGCUCCCAACGGGAGGAUUUGUGUGCUUUGCGAGAAAAUGAUCACUUGUAAAUAGUUUGA